AACACGCCUAUAAAAAUGGCGGGAAUUCUUGGCGCCAUUUCCCUGCAAAGUUUAUUCUAUUUAAUCCUCACCAUAUGGCACCUUCAAUCCAUGAAAAUUGAAAUCCUUUUGCGUUGCAAAUCAACUACAAGCCAAUCUCGAAAAAUAUUUUCUCUUGCCUUUAGAAUGGCUCAAGCUGUGGAAACCCAAAAUGGAAACCCUGAAAUCAAAGAACCCACACCAAAAAUUCAAAAGCUUCACAACAAUGGCGUUUCUCAUGAAAUUGUUUCAUUUUUAAGAGUAAAAAAACUCUCCGACAAGGCUUCUUUGCCUUCAAGAGCGUCCCCCCUCUCUGCAGGCUACGAUCUUUCCAGUGCCACGGAGACAAAGGUUCCGGCGAGAGGCAAAGCCCUGAUACCUGCUGAUCUUAGCAUUGCCAUACCUGAAGGAACUUAUGCUCGAAUUGCCCCGCGAUCUGGUUUGGCAUGGAAGCACUCGAUUGACGUGGGGGCAGGGGUAAUUGAUGCAGACUACAGAGGUCCAGUUGGGGUGAUACUGUUCAACCAUUCUGAUGUCGAUUUUGAAGUGAAAACUGGUGAUAGAAUUGCCCAACUGAUUAUACAAAAAAUUGAAACUCCUGAAGUAACUGAAGUUGAUGAUCUUGAUUCAACUGUGAGAGGCUCUGGUGGUUUUGGAUCCACUGGCGUUUAAUCUACGUAAUUUGAUUUGCAGAUUUCGAAAAUAUAUCGAUUAUGCUAGAAUCUAGCUACUGAUUGAAGAAGUGGUAGCAUUUUGGAGAAGGGCUUGUGCUGAUGGUUAUUUGCUCCAGUCAUUUUGUCGAACACUUUCUUGACAAUGCUUAUUGCUGCUAAUAAAGAACACGUGCUUAUUGCUAAA